GACGACUACGAUUGUCGGUGCACAACCUGUACUUGCAGUUCAACAUCUGUCACAACCUCUGAAGGCCUGAGUGCGCUACGAAAUCAUUUUUAACGUUUUGGGGUAAUUUCCGCAUUCUGGAUCUCAGAGCGUUAGCGUAUUUUUUUAUUCGUAAUAUUUGUUUGUAAUGUGGUGAACAGUCAACAAAGAUGACCAAUCUGUUUUUUGCGUUCGCUCUUGUGCUGCUCCAAGCAGGCUGCGGUUUUGGACAAGGAACUGUCAACAUGACCGAACUAUGCGGGUCAAAAGUGGCUCUAACCAAUGCGGGCGGCACAUGGUACUAUUUGGACAGCAUUAAGGAGUGCAUCUUUGUGGGGAUUCUGACAAACACAUGGGAAAGCGCCGAAAUGGAGUGUCUACGGAAAGGUGCCCAUUUGGCUGUGCUAACCCCAGAGAACACCCCUGCAAUCAACGCUCUGAUAAAAAACGCCACACUCGGAACCUCCGAGCAGCGCUAUUUCAUUGGAUUGCGCAUCGCGGAUUUCAGUUUGGGCGAGUACAUGUGGGUUGAUUUCUCUCCCUUAACAUAUUCCAAUUGGGCACACAAUGAGCCGGCGAGUAUCAUGAAUCACGACGUGGACUACUGUGUGACCAUGUCAUCCACUACCGGUCUGUGGGCGGAUCGUGAAUGUGUCCUGUCAACGCGAUACUUCUGCCAGCGGAAGGCGCACGAGGAACAUGGUCCACCGGUGAUCCCCACGCGCGAUCCACAAGGACCGCGCGGUGGAUGCAAAGAAGGAUGGAUUUCAUUCGGAGCGCACUGUUAUUAUUUCUCACCGGAUGUGGCUCGCACUACGUGGCCAAAUGCUUUGGAAAACUGUCGAGCAGGACGGAAUGUGAUGAAGAACUCUAGUUUGGUGUCCAUUUUGAACCCGGCGGAAAACGAUUUUCUGGUUACACAACUUAAAGGUCGCACCGUCAACGUUUGGACGGGAUUGCACGAGGUUACGCAAAAUAUUUUCGAAUGGUCCGACCACCAUCGUUAUAUUUACAACAACUGGCACUACCAGUAUCCCCGUUUUACGUCCCAGCUGGAAUGCAUCUCGAUGCUAGUAGAAAAUAACAAGGUCGGACGUUGGACAGAUGUGAGUUGCAUUAAUUCGCUCGCUUACGUCUGCAAAGCUCCAAGAGACCGUGAUUUACCGGAUCCUCAACCCACCCCGUCUACCUGCGCAGCGGGCUAUGAGCAAUACGGUGACGGGUGUUUUAAAGUAAUUGCGCUAACCGAUGGCGACAAUACAUGGUCCCAUGCCCAGGAACUGUGUAAAACACAGCAACCCGCAGGAGACGGUGGUCUGGCCACCAUCAUCGAUGUGUAUGAGAACGCGUUUGUUCGUCUUCUGUUGGAUAGGGUUACCUUUCCUCACAGACCACAAGACUUCAAUGUGACCUAUUUUACGACGAAAGCAUGGUUGGGAAUGCGCGAAGAGUAUGGGCAUUUCAAAUGGUUAAACAAUUGUCCCACUCAUUUUGUCAAUUUGGAUUCGUUACUGGGCAAUGUCCAUGAAACGUUGUGCAUUGAUAUGAAUCUGGAUGGAAAAUGGCAUCCGCACAACUGUUCACAGCCGGAUGUAAAAUUCGCGGUUUGUGAACGACGGCUUGCGCCUUGUCCAAAUAAAACGGCAGAAAAGCCGGAAAUUUGUCCGGACAACUUUCCACAAGCCUGCUCCACUCAUUGCUAUACUUCACGAAGUCUUGUGCAGCACAUCGGUCAAGAAGAACUGGCGACUUUCGACGAAGCACGCAGCAAAUGUAUUGCAUUAGGCGGCGAUUUGGCGACCAUCAGGACAGAAGAGGAUCAAAAGUGUAUUGCGCCAUAUUCGCAGUACGCCGAACUGGGCAUGUGGAUUGGUUUGCAGAAUAAAGCCGGUUCCACUGGAGCGACCAACAUUUGGCACUGGGUGGACCAGUAUGAUAACGCUGAGCCGGUGACCUAUGUCAACUGGAUGACCAAUGAGCCCAAUGGGUGGGGAGCAACAUGUGCGGAAAUGUAUCCAAACGGAUAUUGGAAUGAUGAGAGUUGCUCGGCGAGGAGAGGAUAUGUUUGUCAAGCUGUGAGAAACCGAACUGCCACUGUCACCAAUCCUACUGCACCGCCAUCAUUCCAAACGACCCCAUCGACUUACAGCGGCGAUAGUCUUGGUGGCGGCCAGAUUGCCGGUAUAGUCAUCGGUGUCCUAUUGUGUGUCGCCAUUCUGGGAGGCGUGGCAUUUGUUGUUCUCACCGGCCGAACGAAAAACGUGAUGAAUUACUUUGGCGGCUCAUCGGAACAGGGCUCGGUGAAAUUUACACCAAAAAGAUUUAGGAAUCCCGGCGAAGACGGUGCUCAGUUGUCUCCAUCACGUUAUUCCAGUGCUGAUGAAAGUAGCAAUGCCGAAGUUUUCCCGCGGGCGGAUGUUAACAUUACGCAACUUUGCGGCCCGCAACUGCUGGGCGGAGGCACCUGGUACUACCUCGAAAGCAUCCGGGAAUGCAUUUACGUCUCCAGUGCUUCAGGAUGGGGCUCAACAUGGGACAAUUCUGAGCUGGAAUGCCGGCGGCAGCGAGCGCAUCUAACCGUCCUGAAUAACAACAACCAGCAGGCCAUUGCCGAUCUGCUGAAAAAUGUCACCAGCGAAGGUGUAGGAUCAAAAGAUUUUUUCAUUGGCCUGCGAAUGACCAAUCUCAAUAACGGAGAAUAUACCUGGCUGGAUUUCACGCCCAUCAUUGGCAGCGGCUUUAUCAACUGGGCGCCCAAUCAGCCGCUAAGUCUGACUGACCACAGCCAAAGCUACUGCGUUGUAAUGUCAGGAGUGGACGGCAAGUGGUCAGAUCGAGCUUGCUCGACGACGUCUCGCUACAUCUGCCAAAGACGCCCUCAUGAAGACCAUAACCGACCACCGGUGCGGCCUACCCGGGGGCCCGGUGAUCAGAAUUGGCGACACGGCGGCUGCGCCCAAGGCUGGGUUUCUUUCGGGCCUCAUUGUUAUUACAUCUCACCGGAUCAGCAAAGGGCCAAAUGGUCACAAGCGUUGACCAACUGUAUGAAUGGUCACGAUAUGAAGAACGGAAGUUUGGUUUCCAUUUUGGACCCCGAGGAAAAUGCUUUCCUUAUUACGCAACUCAAGCAUCGAAAGAUCCCACUAUGGAUUGGGCUGCACGAGACCGGAGACAAUGUUUACGAAUGGUCCGAUCACCAUCAUUAUCGAUACAAUAACUGGCAUUAUCAGUAUCCUCGUCCUCCAACUUACCCCGGGGCCCCAUUAGAGUGCAUUAAUAUGCUGGUCGAAAGGAAUAAGGUCGGUCGCUGGACCGAGUUGAAUUGUGAUUCAUUAGGGGCAUACAUCUGCAAGGCUCCCAAAGACCUUACUCUGCCACCGCAUGAGCCACCAAUGACAAACUGCACGGCUAGUUUCCAGCAGUACGGUCAUGCGUGUUUUCAAGUGAUUCACCUGGAACGGGAUGGAGAGCAUACAUGGGGUCAUGCUGAACAGAAGUGCCGACCCUCUUCCAUGGAGACCUGGCCCGGUGGAGGUGGCCUGGCUACUCUUCUGGAUGUCUAUGAGAACGCAUUUGUACAGAUUUUGUUAAACGAUGCUGUCCGCUUCGGACGACCGGGUUUUAAUGCCAAAGCCUGGGUGGGCAUGCGUGAAGAACACGGACACUAUCAGUGGCAUAACCGCUGUCCCACGCACUUUGCUAAUCUCGACAGCAUGGUGGGAGAUGAGAAUUCAACGUUGUGCGUGGAAAUCAACUUUGAUGGGAGAUGGCACGCCCACAACUGUACUGACCGUGACAUUCGCUUUGCUGUUUGCGAGCGUCGUUUCGAAUCCUGCGAGCGCUUUAACCAUACAAGGCCACACCAUGUCGUCUGUCCGCAAGAAUUUCCCCACGAAUGCGCCGAUCACUGUUACCGAGUCAGCACUAUAACUCACCACACCAACCAGACCGAUGAUAGUUGGAGAGUGACCUUUGACGAAGCCCGUGCCAACUGUCGUGCACUAGGUGGGGAUUUGGUAUCCAUUCGCAACGAGGCCCAACAGAAAUGUGUGCGACCGUAUGCGCAGUAUUCGGAGGUUGGCUUGUGGAUCGGUCUACGUAAUUUCUACGAAGGACCUGAACCCUUGGAAGACAAAUGGACAUGGGUUGAUAACGAUAACAAUACAGAGCCGGCACUGUACACCAACUGGAAUUUUGGGGAGCCGAAUUACGGGACUUCCGAACGUUGCGCUGAAAUUUAUCCGGACACUGGUUACUGGAACAAUGUAAGGUGCGACGCUGGAACUAGGCGAGGAUACAUCUGCCAAGCUGAUCGAAGUCGGGAAGUUGUUGUUGCGGGCACCGUUCCUCCAACCUGGGGCUCAGGUGACUCGGAUGGACUGAGCGGGGGCGCCAUUGCCGGUAUCGUCAUCGGAGUGCUGCUGGGUGUGGCAUUGGUUGGUGGUUUAGGCUUUGCCGUUGCCACCGGCAGACUGUCGUUUUCCAAACGAACUCUCCCGUCUCGCGGUGACAAUCUGUCAAAAGCCAUGUCAAUUCACAGUUAAAAGAUUAUUUAAUUUUUUUUUUUGUUGUCUGCCGGGAGAUACGUAGGCCCAUUUUUUAAUGACAAACAAACAUUUUUGUUUUUCUCGGUGCGUGUCAGCGAAGAAAUUGCAUCUGGGAUUGUGAUUGCUCGGCCGUUGUACCAUAAAUCCCGCAUGAGA